AAUGGCUACAAAAACAGAAGACAAAGUUAGGUGGAAUUUUCUAGAACAUAAUGGAGUCGUUUUUGCUCCAGACUAUGAGCGAAUUCCAGAUGAUGUUAGAUUUUCUUAUAACGGAGAGAUUAUGAAGCUGUCUGAAGCUGCUGAGGAGAUGGCAACUUUCUAUGCCAAGAUGUUGGGUCACGAUUACGCCUCUAAGAAGAUUUUCAAUGACAACUUCUUUAGAGAUUGGAGAAAAACAAUGACAACAGAGGAACGUUUAAAAAUAACUGAUUUAUCGAAAUGCGAUUUUAGAGAGAUGCAUGAAUACUUUCUGAAAAAGACUGAAGAGCGAAAAGCAAUGACCAAGGAAGAGAAGCAAGAAAUUAAAAAGAAAAAUGAAGAAAUUAUGAAAGAAUAUGGUUUUUAUACUAUUGAUGGACGUACUGAAAAAAUUGGCAACUUUAAAAUUGAACCGCCAGGAUUAUUCAGAGGUAGAGGUGACCAUCCUAAACAGGGAUGCCUAAAGAAACGUGUACAACCAGAAGAUGUCAUUAUCAACUGUUCAAAAGACUCAAAAAUUCCGGAAGCUCCCCCUGGACAUAAAUGGAAAGAGGUUCGACACGACAACACAGUUACCUGGUUAGCGUGUUGGACCGACAACAUUCAAGGACAUAUUAAAUACAUGAUGCAAAGUACCAUCGAUAAUCAAAGCACUUUUAACAUUGAAAAACUGGAAAUCAGUUCAGAAGACAAAAAAUAA